GAAGUUGAAAAAAAAUAAAAUGAAAGUAUGAUAAACUACGCGGGAAAAAAAAAUUUGUUGUCAACAUGAAAACAUCUGCAGUAUUAUCCAGGUUGCCCCCCAAACUCUCAGAAAAGCUAAUGGUAUUUCAGAGAGAAGGCAUAGAGUUUGCUGUCAAUAAAAAUGGAAGGGUAUUGAUAGCAGAUGAGAUGGGAUUAGGUAAAACAAUACAAGCUAUAAGUAUAGCAUAUUAUUAUAAAUCAGAAUGGCCGCUGUUGAUUAUUGUACCAUCUUCAUUAAGAUAUUGUUGGAUUGAAGAGAUAGAAAAAUGGCUACCUGAUGUUCACCCACAUGAUAUUAAUCUCAUUCAAAUGGGUAAUGAUGCCAAAUGUAUAUCUAGUUGUAAGAUAACUAUAGUAACUUAUGGUUUAUUAAGUAAAUCUACUAGUCGUAUUGUUAAAGAAGCUUUAACUAAUCAGAAGUUUCAAGCUGUUAUAUGUGAUGAAUCUCAUUAUAUUAGAAAUAAUAAAACAGCUAGUGCCAAGGCAGUGGUACCGCUAGUACAAGCCGCCGAGAGAAGAAUUUUAUUAUCUGGAACCCCUGCUUUAUCUAAGCCAGUUGAAUUAUACUCACAACUGGAUGCCAUAUGUCCGAGAGGUUUUGGAUCCUGGUGGGAUUUUACUGCAAGAUAUUGUGAUGCUAAGAUGGAGUGGAUUGGUCGAAUGAAACGAAGAAGAGUUGAUGGUGCCAGUAAUUUAGAAGAAUUACAAAAUAAAUUGGUUAAAAUGGUUAUGAUAAGACGAGAGAAGAAAGAAGUAUUAACUCAACUUCCUCCAAAACAAAGACAAAAAGUUUUAUUUGAACUUAAAGACUCAGAACUAAAGAAGGAUAUUCGUUCAACAUUUAAUGACUUGAAACCAAAAUUAAAACAGACUAAUUCACCUCUAGCACCACCUAUACCUGAUGUAGAGGGAAUACCUGAAGCUGAUAACAAGGGCGAUUUAAAUGCUCUUGGUCUCAUCUCUAAACUACUUCAACUUACAGGAGAGGCAAAAGUUGGACCUGUUAAAGAUUAUAUUAGUAUGUUAGUUGAGAACAAUAAUUUAAAGUUUUUAGUCUUUGCGUAUCAUCAUGUUAUGAUGAAUGGUAUACAGCAGACAUUAUAUGAGAAGAAAAUAAAGUUUAUUAGAAUCGACGGUACUGUUUGUCCUUCAGAUAGACAGAUGUAUGUACAACAGUUUCAAUCUGAUCCAGAUACUAAAGUAGCUAUAUUGAGUAUAUUAGCAGCCGGUGUGGGCCUAACCUUUACAGCAGCCAAGUUGGUUGUGUUUGCCGAGAUGUAUUGGACACCUGGUGUUAUGGUACAAUGUGAAGAUAGAGCUCAUCGUAUUGGUCAAACUAGUUGUGUACCUGUACAUUAUCUGGUUGCUAAGGGAACCAUGGAUGAGUGGGUGUGGUCAGCUGUAUGUAAAAAGACAGUGGUGACAACAACGACAUUAAGUGGUAAAAAACAGGAAUUAGAAGCUGAAGCUGGUGAUAAAUAUCAAGUAGAAUUGUUAUCUAAUGCAGAUGUUUAUUCUCAAGAUGAUAAUAGUGAUAUAGACGUCUCUUCUUACUUUCAAUCACAACGGUCUAAUGAUCAGAAAUCCAUCUUAGAUUUCUUCACACCACCAACGAAAGGUAAGCAAGGCAAAAUGGAGAAAAGUCACAAAAGAAAAAGAUCACCAGAAGAGACAAAUAAAAGUAGUUCAAAGAAAUCGAGGAUCCUUGAUACAGAUGACAUCAUGGUUUUAAACAGUGAUAGCGACAGUGAAGAUUUCUUGAAAACUAAACCUGUUAGAAGGAGAACAAAACUGUUUGAUUUAUUGGGAAGAGAAAAUGAAAAUUCUAGUCCAAACUCUAGUCCGAAAUCAUGUGUAAACUGGCCAAGUAGUGACGAUUGUAGUGAUGUCAGACUGUCAUGUCCGACAAGAACAUCGCCACAUGAUAAAAAUGAUGUUAACGAUAUUGAAACAAAUGAUGAACUGAAUCAGAUUAAUGGUGCUGGUCAUUGGAGUUGUUCUUUAUGCACAUAUCACAAUCAUAAAGAACUGCCAUAUUGUGAAAUGUGUGAGUCGCCAAAGCCAAAAAGUAGUUCCAAAGGGCCUAAAUCUCUAACAAAAAAUGCCAAAAGAUCUAUAAUGGCCGAUAAUAUGGACAGUGAUACUGAUGGCGGUAGUAACUGUGAUAAUAAUAAAGACAAUAAACAUGAUUGUGAUAUCGAAAAUAAAAAUUGUGAUGAAAUAUUUGAUCAACGUCCUGACUAUGUUCAGGAGUAUUUAAUUGAUGAUGAUCAAGAAAACAGUGUUAUAGAAAAUGUUGGAAAUGAUGAGUUGAGUUUCUCAGAUGACAUCGAAAAUGAAUUACCCACUAUUUUAGGACCUAAAAGACAAAAAUAUUUUGAAAUUGAGAAAACUUCGGAAAAUGACAAAACAAUGUGCAAAAACAAAUUUGAGGUUAACGAAAUAGAAUCAAGUCCUUCCAGUAAAUACGUCGAUAAAACGCCUGUUUCUAAAACCUCUACAGCUUUAUUAAAAACUACAACACCUGUCACACCAAAUAACCCCCAUUCGUCCUCCAUUUUAUCAGAACAUAAAUCACCUGCAUCCAGUUCUAGAAAACCGUUGUUUAAAUCAUCUAGGAAAAAAAGUAAUGAAGCUGUUGUUGUUGGCAGUGAUAAAAGUAGAGGUAGAAGUUUAAUACAAAGUAAUAAUACAGAUAUACCGGAGUCAGCAAGUAAUGAUACCGAUAUACCAGAGUCAGCAAGUAAUAAUACCAAUAUAUCCGAGUCAGCAAGUAAUAAUACCAAUAUAUCCGAGUCAGCAAGUCAUAAUAGCAAUUUACCAGAGUCAGCACGUAAUGUUACCAAUACACCAGAGUCAGCCAGUAAUGUUACCAUUACACCAGAGUCAGCAAGUAAAGAUACCAAUAUACCACAGUCAACAAGUAAUAAUACCAAUAGACCAGAGAAGAUAUAUAAAUAUUUUACGUAUUGUUGUAGUAAAUAUACAGGAAGAGUUUAUAUAUUUGAUGAGGAAGAAGAGCCGUUAAAUAUAAAUUUUCUACCACUGGAUAUAGAAGUUGGUAAUAUUGAUAAUCUACCACAACUUCUACAAUAUCAAACACAUCUCAGAUUAGUACAAAAAUUUGUUAGAGAAUGGAACUUAUUAACAGAUACUAAGAAGAGAUUAUUAAUAAAUCGAGGUUUAUUGUUUACUAAUCCUGUAGCAGCUUAUCAACAGAUUAGUAGUAAACAAACAUCUUCAACUCAACGACAUAAAACAAAGGAAGAUAUAAGUUCAGCAGCGGCAAAAUUAGCUUCAUCUAUAAAUGGUACUGUACGUCAGAUAGCUAAACAUAGUCCUAUAAUUACAGAUGGUCAGAUAUUAUCAGAUGAUUAUGGAAUAGCUCAGGUUGUGAAUAAAGAUGGUGUACCUCUAUGUUUAAACUGUGAACAGCCAUAUUCUAAUUCUCUCUUAACUGAUAAUACUAUUACAUCAACAAACAACGCUUGGCAGAACAGAUUCUGUUCUUUACCUUGUGCUGAUUCUCAUUGGACUAAAACUGAUAGUGGAUAUUGUCGUGAUAAGAUAUAUCAGAUAGAACAUGGAAUAUGUCAAGUUUGUCAGUUUGAUGCCCAUUCAUUUUAUAUACAAAUCAGAGAAACUACUGAUGUUAAACAAAGAAUCAAAUUAAUCAGUGAAAGUAAAUUUUGUAAACUCAAGUCUAAGAUAAAAGAACAAAUGACAAGAAAACCAGUGGAAGGACAGUUUUGGCAUGUAGAUCAUAUAAAACCUGUAUGGGAAGGAGGUGGUAUGUGUGAUAUUGAUAAUAUGAGAACAUUAUGUGUCAUCUGUCAUCAUACAGUUACAGCUAAACAAGCUACUAAACGAGCUCAAGUUAGACGAUUAGCAGGAGCAGCUAGUUCUGGAGAUAUCUCCGCUUUCUUUCAAAAAUCAUAAAUAGAUAUACCGGAGAAAAAAGAAUUAAAGAUACUUUCCCACAAAAGUAUGGCAAUUUUGGUAUAUAAAGUAGAAAUAUCCAAUCUUACUACAAAAAUACUGGAUUCCCUG